GUGCCUUCCGUUGUCGUGCGCCACUAUCGCCGUCUCGCUUGUCUGCUCGUCGCCCUUAGUCGCGCUUCUGCCGCCGUCCGUCCAUCUUCGCAGCUCUUCCUUGAAAGGAUGUGAAAACCCUAGCCUCCAUCGCGCCGCCAUCAAUCUCACCAUCGCCGCUCGUCGCGCUCAAGAUCGGCACUAGGUUCGUCGUGGUCGUUCGCAAUCCUCAUGGUUCGUUGUUCUCGAGGGCCCUUGAUCCCCUCGUUCGCCAAUGUUUGCUCUCUUGUCCUAUUUCGCAGCUCUUCACCGUUGUCUGUCGUCGUGUUUAUCGCCAGCUCGCCGUCAUCGAAGGUUAAUGCUCUGUUCGUGGCUCACUGUAAUAGUGUAAUGACAUUGUUAUUCGUUUUUUUUGCUCUGUUCAUAAGGGUUAUUGAUCUUUGAAUUAUUCUUGAAUGUUUUUUUAUCAAUUUUUCAUUCAUUGAUUAAUUGAUUGUUGAGUAGCUCUUACUGCUGUUUGUGAUUUUCAUUGUAAAUAUGCUGCUAUCCUGCUAUUCUUUGUGCUUUUGUGGCUGUUUGUGAUUAGAUUGUGCUGUUUGUGAUUAUUUCAUCCCAUAUUAUUGAUAGUUAACUGGAUUUAAUUUUGUUCCUGGGGUUUGAGUUUCUUCUCCAAACUCCCCAGUUGCCUUCACUACCUCUCUCUUGGUCCAGAGAUUCCGUCUCCACAGAACACUAGGUUGAAUUGAAUUGAAUUGAAUCAUGGAUAAGAGCAUGUUAGCUGGAUUGGAAUCACUUCCAGAAGCUGAUCAGCAAAGAAUGGCGUCCAUGAUGUAACAGGUUCAAAUCCGUGACAGUUACUGGUUCGGGUUCGGGUUCCGGUGAAGCCAAGCUUGCAAAUGGUUCAUAUUUAGCUGGUUUAGCCAUGGGAGACUCACCUAGGAUGACAGCUUCUGUUACAUAUGAUCACAAAGCAAUUGUUGUUAAUGGGCAGAGAAAGAUUCUGUUUUCUGGUUCUAUACACUACCCCAGAAGCACACCUCAGAUAUGGCCAGAGCUUAUUCAAAAAGUUAAAGAGGGAGGGUUGGAUGUUAUUCAAACCUAUGUGUUUUGGAAUGGCCAUGAACCUUCUCCAGAAAAAUAUUAUUUCGAGGAUAGGUACAAACUUAGUUAAGUUCAUCAAGGAAGUGCAGCAAGCUGGACUUUAUGUUAAUCUCCGAAUUGGUCCCUACAUAUGUUCUGAAUGGAACUUUGGGGUAACUUUGCAGCCAUCUUGAAGGCAAUGCAUUCUUUUAGUGCUGAAUCAGAAAAGGAGUUGAGCUUUUCAAAGGGGUGUGGAGUUGGUGCGGUUGAGAGAAGGGCUUUUGGACCAUUUGGCAUUUUGGCUAUUGCAAAUGACCAACUUUCUGAACUAACACCAAUUUAUUUCCGUCUUUCAAAUUAUGGAAAUGGAACCUCAACUACUACAACUAUUACUACUUCUACUUCUACUUCCUUCUGUGUUGAUGAAACUAGGUCAUCAAAGGCACCUGAUGUAUCAAAGCUAGUUUUCGGAAGCAAAUUGCCUGUUCUAAGUGAUGAAAAACUAUCAUUGAAGCUUUCCGAGGCAAAAAAACGAGAGCGAGCCUUUACGAAUAGAGGACACCGGAAUCAGUUGCGCUCAAUGGGAGAAGCCAAGAAUUUGCUUCAAUAUAUGUUCAAUUC